UCUUCUUCCUCUUCCCACACAAAAAAAGUCCACUUCCGGGUCCCCUUUUAGGGUUCUUCUCUUUCCCGUCGACAAAGAAGAGAGAAAUGAAAGUUCACGGGGGUUCAGCUUCAGCAGAAUAGAUUGGAGCUUAAGGUUCGAUCCACAGCUCUCCAAGUCGGAUUUGCACAGGUUGGACUUCUGGUUUUCUGUUAUCGAAAAGUGCAAAGGGCUUUAGGAUUUCCGAAGUUCAGUCAUCCAAGCUUAUCCCCAAGAAUAAAUGGUGAAGAAAGAGCGAGAGAGGGACCGGGAUAGAGACAGAGACAAAGACAGAAGAAGAGAUAGAGAAGACCAUGGCCAUGACCGUUCCAAGGACCGUGACCGGGAUAGGGACCGGAAUAGAAACAGAGACAAAGACAAAAGAAGAGAUAAGGAAGAUCGUGACCAUGACCGUGCCAAGGAUCGCAAUCGUGAACGUGACCAUGCCAAGGAUCGAGACCGUGACCAUAGAAGAUCCAACACACCUGAACAUACCCGAUCACGGCAUACCCGUUCCCGGACUCGGUCCAGAUCUCAUUCCCCGUCUCGUUCUCGUUCUCGCUCUCGCUCCGUCGACCGAUCACGUCACCACCUCCACUCCCCACUGCCAGACUCACGUCACAAGCACCAUCGCCACAGAGAUGAAGAUGACAAGGACCAGCAACGAGCUGCUGCAGUAUCUGAGUUUGUUGAUGGCAUCGCAAGGGAGCAGCAGCUUAAGCAGCAUGAUUCAUCGGAGGCUCCUCUGAUUACUGCCGGUGAUGCAGAAAUUGAUUCUGAUGAGAUAGAGCUGAUGAAGAAGUUGGGGAUUCCAAUGGGGUUUGAUUCUACGAAAGGAAAGCCAGUCCCUGGUGCUGAUUUAAGUGGAGUUAGGGCUGUGACAAAACGGCAGCCAAGACAAUAUAUGAAUAGGAGAGGAGGUUUCAAUCGGCCGCUGCCAUCAGAGUGUAAUCGGUAGAUUGUUUUUCUUAAAGGGUGGACGGAGCAUGCUGGGUUUGCCCCAUUGAAAUGAUUGUAUUGGCUACUUGAGAGAUUGUAGUUAACAUCUGAUUUGUGUGAAGUUGAGCUAAACGUAUUUCUUUAGAAGUUGAUUUACCCAAGUGAAGUUAUGAAUCAUAUUUUUCCCUUCACAAUUCUACCUUGUUAACCAA